AUGGAUGUUGAUGUAAGCGAUGAAAAUAAUAACUACAGUAAUAAUGAUAACAAUAAUGAAGAGAACAUUGACAUCAAUUAUAAUAACAAUAAUGAUAGUGGUACAUUUGAUGUCGGAGAGUUCGGUAAUGACAAUGUUGACUAUUCUUGUACAGUUGAGACUGAUAAUGUUGUUAAUCAUGAAAUAUCAAGUCAAACAUCUAAGUUAUCCCAGAAAUCUUUGGAAAAUAAUACUUCUCGUAUAAUCUCUGAUUAUGAAGAUGAAAUUCCAAAACAACAUGUUCCUAAAAUUGAUCUAAUGACACCAGAACUUGCUGCAGCUUUGGAUAGAGCUAAUGUGAGUAGUAGGUCGGCGACUUACAUUUUUGCUGUUUUAUUAUCUAGCCUAAAUAUUGAUUGGGCAAGCGUCAACUUCAGUCAUUUGACUAUUCACCGAGCACGGGAAAAAUUUCGCAAAGAAGCGACGUUAAAUCUGAAAACUAAUUUGGAAACUGAUAAUUAG